AAUUGGUGAUGGACAGGGAGGCCUGACGUUCUGCAGUUCAUGGGGUCACAAAGAGUCGGACACGACUGAAUGACUGAACUGAACUAUACAUUUUAUUGACAUUCUGUGGAUUUCUGCCAGGUUCCUCCAGCCAGGUGAGAAUUUCAAUAGGAGGAAUGGGAAUCCUUUUCCUUGGGUGGCAAAUUAUCUCCUGUGUGGGUUACUUGAGUACUUAAUUUCAGCCCUGUCGUGAGGCACUGUCUCCAGGGUACUCGUAUCUCAGUCAUAUUUCAGGAGGGACUUUUCCUUGGGUGACCUAUCUCAGCCCUGGGCCAAGGGAUGUUGCUUUGGGUGCUUUGUCUCUAAUUUCAGAAGGUGGCACCACAAAAAUUCUCUGCCACACACUGAAUCACAGCUGGGCCUCUCCAGAAAGAUCUAGACUUUAGCCCUUGAGGCGUAGUGAGAACUUGCACUUGUCCUCCAUCUCAACCUAAGGGUGGUGACUCUUCCUGGAAGAGGGCUCAUACAUGAGUGCACUACCCCAAUUUGGGGGCAGAUGGUUCCUCACGGGCUCUGUCUCAUAAUCUCUGUGAAGUGGGGCUUUUUCUGAGGUGCUCUAUCUCAGCUCAAGAAGAGAACUUUCCAUUAAGUUCUCUCUCUCUCUCUCCCUCAGUCCUGAGGGAUGGCAUGUUCUUGGGGGCUUGAUCUUGCCCUUGAAAAGGAAUGCUUUUCCUUGGAUGCUAUAUAUCAGCACUGUGGAGGACUUGGUUAUGUUGGGGGUUCUUUCCUUGGUUGCUCCAUGGCAACCAUAGAAGUGGGGCAGCUUUUGUGGAUGCUCUCUCUCUGUCCUGUGGUGGGGGUGACUAUUCCUUCUUUGGGUGCUGUAUCUCAAUCCUGUAGGGGACCCUUCCUUGAGUGCUCAUCACAGUGAAGUUGGAGGGUGGUUGCUGGAUGUUGGACCUCAGCCUGGGUCGAGAACACUUCCUUGGGAACUCUGCUACAUAUUUAGAAGGGCAGAUUUCUAGAAGAUUCUGCUGCUACUGUACCACAAUGCCUUCUCUGUCAUUCAGUGAUCCACACCCUGACUUUUCCAACCAGGCAUGAGUUUCAGCUUGUGGGAGGUGCAGUGGGAUUCUCGUGGGUGUUGUAUCUCAGCCCAGGAGGAGUACUAUUUCUUAGUGGCUCUAUAUCAUGUUCCAGACCAUGGAGUUCAAGCAAAUUCCACUGGUGUGACACUACCAACACCUUCUCCACCAUUCUGCAAGCCACAGCUGGGCUUCUCCAAUAUCGUCUGGAUUUCUGCCCAUGGAGUGGAGGGGAGUGAUUCUUUCUCUAGUUGGGAGUGCUUUUCCUUGGGUGCUCUGUCAUCCAUUUGGGGUAGGAGGACAUUUCUUUGGGUGCUGUUUAUCAUCACUGCAGGUAGUGGCUUCUUCCUUGAGUGCUGUCUCUCAGCUCCAAGGUGGCGGGAGAAUUUUCUCUAGAUGUUCUCCCUCAGUCUGAGGGGGGUGGCUCUUCUUUGUGAGCUCUCUCAGCUGUGGGAAGGCUCAAGGCAGUGGCUGCUUUCUUUUAGUCUUGGAGCAAGCUUCUUCUUCCUUUGUUGCCCUGUGUCAGCUCUUCAGUUGGAGUGGGGGGUGGGGGGCAAUAUGUCCUUGGGAGCUCUGCCUCCAUCCUGGUGGGGGCAGACUUUCUUUGAGUGUACCAUUUCAGCCAUGGAGGGAUAUAUACCUCAGAUGUUCUAUGUCAGCUGGGAUGAUGGCACAUCAUUACCAUGCUUUGUAAUAGCUUUGAAGUGGGAGCUCUCACUGUGGUUUUCUUUCUCAGUUCUGGCAGACAGCUUUUCCUUGGGGACUGUCUCGGCCUUGUUAGAUACAGGCUUUUCCUUGUGGCUGUCAUUUGUAUUCUAUUUCAGCAUUGUUGUGAUUUUUCUCAACUCAGGAAUAGGACAUUUCCUUGAGUGCUAUAUCCCCUUGGGAGGAUUCUUCUCUGUGUCCAACUCUUCCCUGGGAGGACUUUACUUGGUGCUCUGUCUCAACUUGAGGGGGAAGGAGGGUGGAGAAUUGUACUUCCGUUUCUCUCUUUCCCAUGAGGGGUUUGAAGUCUUCUUCACAGACCUCAUCCAUAGAGAGGGCUCUUCUUUGGGUCUCUAUCUUAGCUCUGUGGGAAAGACUCUUUAGGAGCGCUAUCACAGCUCUCCCUGGUGCAAGGGUGGUGGGGAGGGACUAUGCCUUGGAUGCUGUAUCUCAGCCUGUGGAAUUUUUCUUUGGGUGCUCCAUCUCAGUUCUGAGGAGGACAGACUUACUUGUGGGAUCCAGCUCAAUCCUCGGGGUCUUCAGCCUUGAGUGCUUUAACUCAGACAAGAAGGGGGGAUGGCUUUUCCUUGAGGGUUCUCUCUCAGCAAUGGCUGGACAUAAGGGUAAGGGGAUGAACUUUCUUGGGUUCUAUAAGGAAAUACUGUAGACUAGGUGGCUUAUCAACAACAGAAAUUGAUUUUGUAUAGUUCUGAAGGCUGGAAGUUCAAGACCAGGGUGCCAAUAUGGACAGAUUCUGGUGAGAGCUCUCUCCCAAAUGUGACUCCACUUUUUUCCAUGUGACUAUCCUGAAUAUGGUAAAGAGCUAGCUAGCUCUUUGACCUCUUCUUAUGAUGGCACUAAUUCCACUCCCAUGAGAGCUCCACUCUCAUGACCUAAUUAUUUCCCCCAAACCCCACCUCCAAAUGCCAUCACAUUGAUAUUAGGGUUUCAGUAUAUGACUUUUGGGGAGUGGGUACAAUCAAUCUGUAGCAGGUGAUCUAUUUCAGCUUUGGAGAUAGUGACAGCUCCUUAUAUCUUCUCUUUCUAUACUUAGAGUGCUCUUGACUUCUUACUAACCAAUCUCUUUUUACUUUAUUCCCCCUUUACAGUCAAUAAUUCUUUAUAUUAAAUGUUCACUGUUCAAAUUACUGUGUGGUUUCUCUCUCUUGAUUCAGCACAGUCUGAAAUAGAAUUGGUGCUGUGAGUAGUCCCUAAGGUAGGCCCUUGGGGACUUCUUUGAUUGUGCCUUUGGACUUGAGUACAGUGCUCUGCUUCAUGCUGAUGGGAAAUAGGAUGAAAGUAAUCCAUGGCAUGAAGCGACAUCACAAUUUGUAAAAGUGUCAUGAUGGGUGAUUGUCAUAAAGUGCUAACCAAAGUACUGGGGAGCUGAAGUAUCAAAAUGGCUCCAGCAAUGCAUGAGAGUUCCUCUUGUAUCAUAUCCUCACAAAUGGGUAGUGUAGUCUGUCCUAAAUUUAGACAUUUUGGUGGACAUUUAAUGGUAUCUCAUUAUGACUUUAAUUUGCAUUCCUUUGAUGAUUAGAUUUAGAGCACCCAUUUAUAAGUUUAGUAGCCAUUUGGAUAUGUUCUUAUGAAGUAAGUUUUAAGAUAUUUUGCUCAUAUUUUGUUGUCUUUUUCUUAUCAACUUGUAAGAGUUCUGAAUUCAGCUCUUUUGUUGGAUAUAUAUACUAUGAGUAUCUUCUAUGAGUCUCUGGUUUACCUUUUCACUCUCUUAUUAGUGUUUUUUGAUGAAAAGAAGUUCUUAAUUUAAUCAAAUCCAAUUGAUUAAUCUUGAGUUUUUUUGAUAUCCUGUUUAAAAAUCUAUUCCUACCGCAAAGCUAUGAAGAUGAUGUCCCAAGUUUUCUUCUAGAUCUCUGGCCCAUCUCAAAUAACACUGUGUAUGCAAUGAAGUAAAGUGAAUGAAGGAUGAUGAAGCAGUUCAAUUCACAGCAGGACAUCAAAAACAAAUGAAACAUCCUGGAGAGCCCAAGGGCCACUCAUCAUCUAAGAGAAGGCAAAUUGCUACUGUCACUCACGAUGUUGAUGAGAAGAAGAUGGAAAAUAGUCAAACUCCACCUGGGGGCUUCUUUUCAAAAUCUGCCUCACCGGGGCUUAUGAAUAUGGCAGGAGAUGGUAUCCCACUCAACCAAGUGGAUUCCCUGUCUGAUGAUUUCACUCGUCUCAAGAAAGAUGGGCAGAUUCACGAACCUGGGGAUAAUGCACUAAUAGGAGGAACCAAGAACUGCAGUGUCUCUGCAGGUGACUCCAAAGCCACAGCAAUGUCUUCAAAGGGAACUGUGCCAAAUAAAUCACAGAUGAGUCCUGUUAUGGCACAGAAAAUUAAUGAUGAUAUAAAAUAUCAAUUAAUGAAAGAAGUUCAGAAGUCUGGACGAAAUUUUGAAAGAAUUUUCACUUUGCUUGAAGAAGUACAAGGACCUCUUGCAGUCAAGAAACAAUUUGUUGAAUUUACCAUGAAGGAAGCUGCAAGGUUUAAAAGAGUAGUCUUAAUUCAGCAACUUGAAAAGGUCCUGGAAAAAGUUGAAUCCAACCACCUGAGCAAAAAAAGUUAAUCACAAGAAAAAUAGAUAACCGUGUUUUUGCAAAGAACAAUGAGAAGCAAGUACACAUUUUCUAUGCUGCAUGGUGGGAUGAGAUGCUGCUGAAGCUUCUUAAAUUAUUGUUGUCAAGAAAAUUGCCCUUCUAGAGGCUAAGAAAGAAAGCAGUGGAGCCUUUCAAUUUUAUGGUUCUCUGUCAGUAAAAGCUGGGCUAUUGCCCUAAGAAUUUCCGGUGAAAGUAUAGCUUGUUGUCUGUCUGUGUUCUCCUACCUGAGGAAGGGAAUGUUAUUAACACAUUAAGCUAAAUGCACAGUCCUGGGAGCAGGGCCAAUGGUUAUAGCUGGUAUUCAUAACUGCUCCCUUUCACUACUCAUUUCUUAUUCCUUUUGCCCGGAGGCAGC